CUCCUAUAAGUAUCACACUCCGACAUUGCCCUUUUGAUCUCCUUGUCUUCCCCAGAAACAGCGCCCUCCCUAAAGAAUCACAUUCGAAGUUCCGUACGAACAUUCCCACACGUGUCUCCGCCGCCGCCGCCAUAUCAGGAUCUUUGUCCGGUCGGAGAGAGAGAUGAGAACCAGACGCGGCAAGCGCCCAGAGCCGUUUUGGCCGUCGAUUGUGAUGAAGAAAUGGCUGAACAUAAAGCCCAAAGUUUAUGAUUUUAGCGAAGACGAAGUCGAUACCGAGACCGAGAGCGAGGACGAUGCAUGCUCAGUCAAAGAUGACCCGAACGUAGGCUGCGCCGUUGACGAUGACCAACGCGGCGUCAGAGGAGACGAACCCGAUCCCAAUAGUCAAAACUCAGAAAGUGACUCGAGGGGUUGUAAGCUGAGGCACCGGCGAGGCAAGUCGGAGACUUUACGCGUUCAGUACAUAAACACAAAGGACAUCAGGGUGACGGUGGCGACAUGGAACGUCGCCGGGAGACUGCCGUCCGACGAUCUCGACAUCGACGACUGGCUUUGUAGGGACGACCCUUCUGAUGUUUACAUCAUCGGAUUCCAGGAAGUGGUUCCGCUGAGUGCUGGAAACGUCCUGGGGGCAGAGGAUAGAGGUCCGAUUCCGAAAUGGGAAUCAAUCAUUCGCAGAACUCUGAACAAAUCCCACCAUAAAUCGGAUAUCCAGUCUCCAUGUAACAACAUUCUUCUCAGAUCUCAGAGCGCUCCUCUAACUCCUGAUCUUAUUCCAACAAAUUCCCUCAUCGCUGAUGUUCUCGCCGAUAAUCUCGUGGCCGAUCACUCGCUCGACCUCACCACCGAGGAGUUCAUCGACACUUCCCCUCCCACUGCUGUGAGUGUCGAACCCACAGAAACUCUGGACUGGCCCGAACAGCCUCUUGAUGAGAACCCUCAGAUCAUCGGGUCUGCAACCAAGCUGAAACGUGUCUGGAGCAGUAACGCGAGGCUAGGGUUUACUCUGCCAGAGAACUUGGGGACGGGAAGGAUUCCUUCCAACGCAAGAAACAUAAAACGGUCUCGCAGCUUUGAAACUCUCAGCUUUGGUUGUUGGGACCUGAAAGAAGAGGAUGACGUGCCUGAGAAAGAAGAAGCUGCAGAAACUGUAUCUGAUGAGUCCGAUGGAGAAUCCUCAAGCAGAUCAGACGACCAAACAGAGGAGGACACGUACGGAAUGUCGGAAGAUCAGUUCCACGAGUGUACGGACGGCAAGCGGCGGCAAAAAUACGUACGGAUCGUAAGCAAGCAGAUGGUGGGGAUAUACGUAUCGGUGUGGGUUCGCCGGCCAAUGAGGAGACACAUUAACAAUCUGAGAGUUUCACCUGUCGGAGUUGGGUUAAUGGGUUAUAUGGGAAACAAGGGAUCGGUAUCGAUCAGUAUGUCGGUGUACCAAUCUCGGAUGUGUUUCGUGUGUUCUCACCUGACGUCGGGUCAGAAAGACGGAGCGGAGCAGAGGCGGAAUGCUGACGCGUACGAGAUCAUCCGCCGUACACGGUUUGCUUCGGUUCUUGACACUGAUCAACCAAGAACGAUACACAGCCACGACCAAAUAUUCUGGUUUGGGGAUUUGAACUACCGUCUUAAUAUGUCAGACUCCGAGGUCAGGAAGCUUGUUUCUCAGCAACGAUGGGGCGAGCUCAUCAAUGGCGACCAGUUGAUCAGAGAACUAAGAACGGGGCACGUUUUCGACGGGUGGAAAGAGGGUCCGAUAAAAUUUCCGCCUACGUACAAGUACGAGUUCGAGUCGGAUCGAUACGCAGGGGAAAACCCUAAAGACGGGGAGAAGAGGAGAGCUCCUGCUUGGUGCGACAGGAUACUGUGGGUGGGGAAAAACAUAGAACAGAAGUGCUACAAGAGAUCGGAGAAAAGGCUGUCGGAUCAUAGACCGGUGAGUUCGGUGUUUGAGGUCAAAGUGGAAGUCUUCGAUCAUCGCAAACUCCAAAGGGCUCUCCACGUCAACAAUGCCGCCGUCCAUCCCUAUCCCUUUCUAUCUUCUUCCUAAUACCCUUUUUUUGUUAUAAUUACCUCAAAUUAAUAUCACUAAUCUUUUUGUUUAUUUUCUCUACUUGUAUUGACUUAUAUAUAUAUAUAUACACACAUGUUUUGAAUC